AUGAGAUUAAAGGUAGCUGCAGGGAGGCUCUUUCGACAUCCCGCGUCCUGGAAGGAUUGUUUGCUCACUCACUAUCAUGUCCAAUUCCCAAAGGCCCUUCUCGAUCGCCUCAACGUUGCAUUAUUCCCGCUAUCCACUGCGGCCGCCGCCCCCUUCGGUCAGUUCAUCCGAAGAUUUCGAAGUGGCUGGAGCUGGUUGGCCGCAGAGGCGCUGAAGGUCGGUCCAUUUCACCGUUGGACACCAACGAGAGGGGGACGAAAGGGGGCGGCACUGUGCGCCCAGAUCACCUGCGGGCUUCGCGAUUACGGUAAGUGGGACACCUCACAUGGACAAGUCGCCUGUGUUGCCUGCAUCUACCUGCAAGUGCGGCGAUGGCCUCGUUUGGGAGUUCUGCCAAUGAUGGUGUUCUUAUUUGAAACAAAGCGCGAGCUGGCUCAGUUGGCGCGCUUGGCACCAGAUAGCAGACAAGUUUAUAUCAAACAUUCUAGCGGCCCCAAGGAUGCACAUCCCGGGGUUCACCAACUUCAGCGGGUCUGCCGACGACCGAGACCAACACGGAGAAUCUCUGCGACCCCCUGGUCUGGCGCUACGGACCCCGGACUGCGCAGUAUGCAAGCAGCAGCCAUCCUUGGGCAAGAUGAGAUUAAGGAAACCUGCUUCAGUGGGGGUCCUUCCCGUCUUGUACAGUUCCUCCAGGGACGGAUACUAAGUGGCACGGUGGGCACUUAG